AUGAACAGAUUUUCCUUAUACGACGUUCGUCAAGCUGGUAGGAAGGUCCAAAACGCCCUUUCGAACUACUCCAGGGCAGAGAAUCUCAUCAGGGAAGCAACAAAUACAGAUGCCUGGGGUCCAACCACACAUCAACUCUUCGAAAUAAACGAGACCGUGCUGGGUGAGAGUCUAGACCAGAAGAGACUUUACGAUGACUUCUCGGACGGCUAUGACUACGACUCCCCUUCAGCUGGAAGUUUCGCCGAGGAUACUGUUAACUUCAUUGUGAAACGUCUUCGCGAAUAUUCAGGUACACACGUCGCGUUCCAGGCAAACAAUGAGGGACUGCUCACUAAACUGAAGAAGUCAGUGGUAACCAACGGCGUGGAGCACAUUAUCGUGCUGAAGAGCCUGAAGGUGAUUGAACACCUUCUGAUAAACUGUCACUCGCCAGGUGGAUUCGAUAUAAAAAAUUCAUUCAGCAAUCAAAAAGAGCUAUUGAGAGAAAUCUCAACGAGAUACCAAUGCGUUUACGCUAGCGAUAAUCGAAGUGCGCAGCAUACUAAGGUAAUCCGGGGUAAGGCAGAGAGUGUUCUACGGAUGUUGACUGAGGAGGCUUAUUUGGACGAACAACGUUCCAAGUUUCAUUCUGCUUAUGAAAAGAUUGCAAGUUCGAGUGCUUCAAAUGGUUUGAAUGCAAAUGCAUCCAAUGCCUUGGAUUCAUCACCUCCAUCUAGAACUAGACUGGGCUCCCUAUCAGAUGUGGUGAGCGGAUUCAGAGCUGGUGGAAGCAGACGAACGGCACAUUUUCAAGAACAAGGAUCUUUGAGACUUAACGACGAUGAUGAUGACGAUUUGAAUCUUUACUCUGCUGGUAAUUCGUAUAAUGAUUAUCCUGACACGGCUCAAACGUCGCGCCUUGAUUAUAUCGCUGCAGAGCCUGCGCCGCAGCUGCAGCCUAUGCGUGAAAAUCUGUCUGGGCAGGGUGCAAAACAAUUUAAGGUUGAAAGCACAAUUCCACGAGGAACAGAUUUGCUCGGAGAUUUUUUACCAAGCACUCCCCCCAAGACAACAGUUUCGUUUCCUAUAUCACCUGUAUCACCGUUUGGAAUAGGUUCUAUGAAUCAUCCCAAUGACAGCCCCAUUCAGCACAGACGUCAGAGUGCAGAGAAAGGCGCAGAGAAAAGUGCAGAGAAAAGUGCAGUCUCUCCUUUUGAUGAUUUGCUUCGAAAGGCAAAGUCCGAUGUUUGA